AUGGGGGUGGUGACGCUGCUAGGAUCUCUCACCUGGGUGCGGCUGUUUGAUGAGCUGGCCAGGCGAGACCUCAUUGAACGGGUGAGUUGUGAGUGUGGCUGGGGUUGGGAGUUGGAAAGGUGCGUGGCUUUGGGGCAGCGGCAUCACUGGGGAGUGGCAGGAUCCGGUGAUGGGGGUGGUAACCCUGCUGGGAUCGCUCAUCUGGGUGCGGCUAAGCUGAGUCGCAAGCUCGUGCACAUCACAACAGGCCUCCUCUUCAUGCUCUUCUGGCCUCUCUUCAGCACGAGCUUCAACGCUCGCUUCUUCGCCAGUGCCGUCCCGCUCAUCAACGCCACGCGCCUGCUGCUGCUGGGGCUGGGAGUGACACGCAACGAAGGCAUGGUCAAGGCUAUGAGCCGAGAGGGUAGCUCCAGUGAGCUCUUGGGCGGCCCCCUUUACUACAUCCUCACGCUAGCCUUCGUUACAAUCACAUUCUGGCGCUCCUCCCCCGUUGGGGGCGUGGCACUGGCGCUCAUGUGCGGUGGAGAUGGCAUCGCUGACAUCGUGGGGCGGAGAGUAGGUUCCGCAAAGCUGCCAUGGAACGACCAGAAGAGCUGGGCAGGGAGCAUCGCCAUGCUGCUCUUUGGCUAUGGCCUCGCCCUCUUCACCAUUCAUCUCUUCACAGCAGCAGGAUUCUACUCCUCUGAUUGGCUGCUGCUGCCGAACCUGCCUCUCCGAGUCUUCCUGGUCAGCCUCGGAGCUACAGUGGUGGAGUCUCUUCCAAUCAGCGAUAAGCUGGACGACAACCUCACUGUACCACUCUCCACCGUUCUGUUUGGCAUGCUACUGCUGCAACUGUGA